GUGUACAUCUGGACAGUAGUUAGUUAUUGAAUAUAUGCAAUUUUUUUGUUUUCAUUUUUUUAAUCAAUAAAUGCCUGAUUUGUUGGUUUCUGUUUUGUUGUUCAUGUAGUAUUGGUUUUGUGAACAUUCGAACAUAGUGGAGCCUCAAACCGAUAACAUGUUUCCGAGGUUCCUGAAAUGGGACAUUGGGGCAUUAAUGAAUAAAAUUCAAGGGGUGGAUUUGGCUGGUACAAUUGGUUUUCAGGGUAAAGUUGACCGUUUGAGGUCUUUUGAUUAUGAACGUGAAGUUAUGGGCAUAGACAUUGAGGCGGAGGAAGAUGGUUUCGCAGAUAUCAAUGGCGGAGGUGAGGAUUGUGACGGUGUGGACGAGCAUUUCAUGGCAGAGGGGACGAGAAAGAAUGAAAGUGAUGACCAGGUGGUGCAGGGCCGCAAACUUGAUGUGAAACGGUUCACAGAGCAUGUGGAUCGCAAUUCCGGUAUUGAAAGGGAUAGUAGCCACAAAUUAGAAGAGGCGCUAAUUGCAGUCGCAGAGCUUGAAAUGCAAAACAAAAAGAAAGACAAAAUGGUGUCGUCGCUUGAAGAAGAAGUUGUUGGUUUGAAGAGGAAGAUGGAGUUGCAAGCUGUUAACAUAGUAGGGGGAUUUGAGUGUGUGGUGAAGAUGAAAAACGAUGAGUUGAGUAAGUUGAAAAAUGAAAAUGACGAAUUGCGGAAGAGAGUGUUACUGCUUGAGGACCAAUUGGAGGACCGUGAUGUGCAUGACGUAACGCAACGGUUCCGGGAAGGCGUGGAUAUUGGAGUAGUGGUGUGGUUAAUGUGGGGCACGAUGGAUGUGAUGGUGUUAUGUUAUGUGAUGUGUCACCUUUGCGUAUAUUACCACAGCAUGGACGCAGUGGUGACAAGGGGGGGUUGGACAAUGUGGCGGAGUGCAGACCAGGGAUGCUGCGUGGUCAUUAUGGUAGCAGUAGUUAUGCUGCUGAAGGUGAAGGCUUGACUAGUGAUGUUGAAUGUGUUGCAGGAUUGGGUUAUGUAAAUUCAUAUGUGCGUAAAAUCAAGAACAAAGUUAGAAGGGAGCGAAAAAUGCCUGAGUUUGAUUACCCACUGUUGGUUGGGCGUACUAAGAAGACAGUCGGGAACAAUUGUGACGCAGUGGAUGACAGCAAACAUGACGUGCAUAAUGCAAUUAUUGAUGUCGAAGCGGUGGUGUUACCUGAGAAAAAAUGGUCUGGGUUUGAUUUGAAUAACCGGUUGGGGGUUUGGAAGAUGAUGACAAUGGAUGGGAAGGCCAGAAUCACCAAAGCAUAUGAGCGGCAUGGU